UGUGAAAAACCAAAAAACAAAAAGACAGAGGGGCAUUCAGGUAAAAUGAGGCCAGCGCCAAAUUCUAUUGACUUCAAUUUGUUUUAAAGCACUUCUUUCUCAUCUAUAAAUAAGAGUCAUAAAUCCCUCUAGCUAUAGGGACCGACAACUUCACUUUUAAGUUUCCAAAAUCUCACUCCUCUUCCAUAAUACAUUUCUUUCUGUUUUCUUCAAACAAUUACAAUCAAUAUUCCUAAAGACCAAAAAACAACAACAACAACAACAACACUAUGGGAAGAACACCAUGUUGUGAUAAAAAUGGACUGAAGAAAGGUCCAUGGACCCCAGAGGAAGAUCAAAAACUCAUUCACUAUAUUCAAGUUCAUGGCCCUGGAAAUUGGAGAAACCUCCCCAAGAAUGCUGGACUUCAAAGGUGUGGCAAGAGUUGUCGUCUUCGGUGGACGAAUUAUUUGAGGCCUGAUAUUAGGAGAGGAAGAUUCUCUUUUGAAGAAGAGGAAACAAUUAUCCAACUUCAUAGUGUUCUUGGCAACAAGUGGUCUGCAAUAGCGGCUCGAUUGCCAGGAAGAACUGACAACGAAAUCAAGAAUUAUUGGAACACACAUAUAAGAAAAAGGCUUUUGAGGAUGGGCAUUGAUCCAGUGACACAUAGCCCUCGUCUUGAUUUCUUAGACUUAUCAUCAAUUCUCAACUCAACUCAACUUAAUCUUUCAAGUUUGUUGGGACUACAAGCACUUGUAAACCCUGAAAUAUUCAAACUUGCUAAUUCCCUUUUACUAUCUCAAAAUGAAAAUCAAGAACUGUUAUUACAAAAUCAAAACUCUGAAGGGCCUGCACUCUUGCUUCAAAAACUUCAACAAAAUCAAUUAUUGCAUAACCAAUCCUCUAUUUUCCAACAUAAUAAUCAACUGCACAACCAAGUUCCAGAAAUACCAAAUUGCACCCCACAAAAUGUUUCAUGUUCAUCUUCCCAAUCCAUGCAAGGUAACAUGGGACCUUAUUUGAUGAAUGGCCAAAUAUUCCAAGAAAAUGCGAUGCUACCUCUUCAAAACUAUAGUUACUCUGCGUCCGAUGCAUCUGAGAACUCAACGAUUCAGUCCUUAAACAAUAACAACAAUCAGAAUAGUCAGAAUUUCAGCUUUGAUACGCCUUUGUCAGGCACGGAAGAAGAGAAAGAGAGUUAUUGCAGUAACUUCAUGAAGUUUGAAAUUCCAGAGAGUUUAGAUUUUGAUGAUUUGUUGUAAACUGUCCAAAGAGUUUGUAUCUCUCUCUGUUUUUUCUUUUUUGUUUCAUUUCCAGAUAGAGCUAAGUUAGAUAUGAGUCAUUGUCAUGUUUUUUUCUUUUUUUUUUUCUUUUUCCAAAUUAUGAAUAUGUACCAGCAGUUUGUUAUAUUAUAUUAUCUUCUUUUGAAUUUAAUUUUUGUGCGGAGGCAGCAUAGUUUCAAAACUUGCGACACUUACCUCAAGUAUUUCUUUGUUUCAAAAGAUGAGACAAAAAA